UUAUAGCCAGGAUAUAAGAGGUUAUCCUGAAUACCACAUGUCUAACAAUUUUUCUUGAACGUUAGCCAUUGAUUUUAACUGUAUCCAGAAAGUCAAAAUUGCUCCGGAAAUUGGAAACAUUCGAUUUAAAAGAAAAAUCUUGAACAAAUGGACAAUAUGUCUAUUACAAAUACACCAACAAGCAAUGAUGCCUGUCUGAGCAUUGUACAUAGUUUGAUGUGCCAUAGACAAGGUGGAGAGAGUGAAACAUUUGCAAAAAGAGCAAUUGAAAGUUUGGUAAAGAAGUUGAAGGAGAAAAAAGAUGAGUUGGAUUCUUUAAUAACAGCCAUAACUACAAAUGGAGCUCAUCCUAGUAAAUGCGUUACUAUACAGAGAACAUUGGAUGGAAGACUUCAGGUGGCUGGUAGGAAAGGAUUUCCUCAUGUGAUCUAUGCCCGCCUCUGGAGGUGGCCUGAUCUUCACAAAAAUGAACUAAAACAUGUUAAAUACUGUCAGUAUGCAUUUGAUUUAAAAUGUGAUAGUGUCUGUGUGAAUCCAUAUCAUUAUGAACGAGUUGUAUCACCUGGAAUUGAUCUCUCAGGAUUAACACUGCAGAGUACUGCUCCAAAUAUGUUGGUGAAGGAUGAAUAUGUUCAUGACUUUGAUGGACAGCCGUCGUUAUCCACUGAAGGACAUUCAAUUCAAACCAUCCAGCAUCCACCAAGUAAUCGUGCAUCAACAGAGACAUACAGCACCCCUGCUCUGUUAGCCCCGUCUGAGUCUAAUGCUACCAGCACCACCAACUUCCCCAGCAUUCCUGUGGCUUCCACAAGUCAGCCUGCCAGUAUAUUGGCAGGCAUCGGCAGCAGCCAUAGUGAAGGACUGUUGCAGAUAGCUUCAGGGCCUCAGCCAGGACAGCAGCAGAAUGGAUUUACUGGUCAGCCAGCUACUUACCAUCAUAACAGCACUACUACCUGGACUGGAAGUAGAACUGCACCAUACACACCUAAUUUGCCUCACCACCAAAACGGCCAUCUUCAGCACCACCCGCCUAUGCCGCCCCAUCCCGGACAUUACUGGCCAGUUCACAAUGAGCUUGCAUUCCAGCCUCCCAUUUCCAAUCAUCCUGCUCCUGAGUAUUGGUGUUCCAUUGCUUACUUUGAAAUGGAUGUUCAGGUAGGAGAGACAUUUAAGGUUCCUUCAAGCUGCCCUAUUGUUACUGUUGAUGGAUACGUGGACCCUUCUGGAGGAGAUCGUUUUUGCUUGGGUCAACUCUCCAAUGUCCACAGGACAGAAGCCAUUGAGAGAGCAAGGUUGCACAUAGGCAAAGGUGUGCAGUUGGAAUGUAAAGGUGAAGGUGAUGUUUGGGUCAGGUGCCUUAGCGACCACGCAGUCUUUGUACAAAGUUAUUACUUGGACAGAGAAGCUGGGCGUGCACCUGGAGAUGCUGUUCAUAAGAUUUACCCAAGUGCAUAUAUAAAGGUCUUUGAUUUGCGCCAGUGUCAUCGGCAGAUGCAGCAGCAGGCAGCCGGGCCAGCUGCAGCCGCCGCCCAGGCAGCAGCCGUGGCCGGAAACAUUCCUGGCCCAGGAUCAGUAGGUGGAAUAGCUCCAGCUAUCAGUUUGUCAGCUGCUGCUGGAAUUGGUGUUGAUGACCUUCGUCGCUUAUGCAUACUCAGGAUGAGUUUUGUGAAAGGCUGGGGGCCGGAUUACCCAAGACAGAGCAUCAAAGAAACACCUUGCUGGAUUGAGAUCCACUUGCACCGGGCGCUCCAGCUCCUGGAUGAAGUCCUUCACACCAUGCCUAUCGCUGACCCACAGCCUUUAGACUGAGGUCUUUUACUGGUGGGGCCCUCAAUAUUACCAGGAUGUGGACUAUAAUGCAAUCCUGUUUGUAAUCUGAAGAUAUAUUUCACUUUUGUUCUGCUUUAUCUUUCAUAAAGGGUUGAAAGUAUGUUUGCUGCCUUGCUCCUAGCAGACAGAAACUGGAUUAAAACAAUUUUUUUUUCCUGUUUAGAACUUUUCAGGCAUGGCUCAGAGCUUGAAGAUCAGGAGAAACACAUUUUUAUUAAAUCUUCACCGUUAUGUAUGAAGGAAUCAUUCCAGCGCUGGAAAAUUUAGCCCUUUCAAAUGUCUUAGAGCCUUUUAUAUGCAGAACAUUGAUACAUGUGUCAUUCUACAGAAUAAAUUCUAAUAUUGCUGUUUUUAAAGGCAGAGAAGUUCUCAGAGUUAAUUCACCUAUGUUAUUUUGUGUGCAAAUUGUUAUUAUUGAACAUACUUUACUUCAAAAUAUUGUGCCAUGUGGGUGAAUUAAUUUUACCAAGAACAACUUUACUCUGUGUUUAAAAAUACAGUGGUAAUGUAUUAUAACCUUUUAUUCAAAAUACUUUUUGCAAGCUAAACCAGUGAAGAUGAUUUCAAUUCAGAUUGUCUUGCAAUUUCAGUUUUAUUUUUACCAAGGCAAAACACUAAUUUGUGUGUAUAUUGAGAAUUCCUUAAAUUUACCAGACAAAGAAAUGAUUUAAAGUUAAAUUUGUUAAUCCAUGUUGGAAGACUAUUUAUCAAGAAGUGUACUUUUGCCCUGUUAAACAGUAGACGUAUUCUUCUAUACUUCUAGGUGCAAGGCUGAUUACUAAGAAGCUUAGAAGAGGAAUUUCUUUUCCUUUAUUAAUUCACAGGGAAAGGUUUUGUAUUUUUAAAAACACUAAAAGCAGUGUCACCCUGCCUAAUAUCUCCCUGUUCUGCAAAGGUGGCAGUGCCUAUACUUAAGUAAGGAGUAUUUUGGAAACUGCUAAAUUCGAUGUUAAAUACUGUGCGGAAGAAUAAUGGAAACAUGACCGUUCAUAUAGGUAGUUUGGAUAUUUUUGUACUUGAUUUGAUGUGUGACUUUUUUUUGUAUACUGUUUAAAUCAUGUAUGUUAUGAUAUUGUUUAAAAUUCAGUUUUUGUAUCUUGGGGCAAGACUGCAAACUUUUUUAUACCUUUUGGUUAUUCUAAGCCCUUUGCCAUCAAUGAUCAUAUCAAUUGGCAGUGACUUUGUAUAGAGAUUUAAGUAGAAAAGUUGCAGAUGUAUUGACUGUACCACAGACACAAUAUGUAUGCUUUUUACCUAGCCAGUAGCAUAAAUAAAACUGAAUCUCCACUUACAAAGUUGAAUUCUAGGUUUGAUUUUUAAAAUGUUUUCCUUUUGCACUUUUGAGUCCAAUCUCAGUGGCAAGACACCUUCUACUAACCGACAGGCAACAGCCAGUUCUAUUGGGCAGCUUUUAUUUGUCCCUCAUCCUCUACCAGGGCUUCCCCAUGGACAUUGUGUAUCAUGUAAAGAGCUGGUUACUUUCUGACUUUUAACGGUGCAAAAAUAGUCCUGAUUGCAAGAUAAAAUAGAUUGUCUACAGGAUAAACAGUGUCAAAUAAAAUCAAGGAUUGUUUUUA